AUGGGCAUCUGCCAUCAGUGUCCUAGUGCUGCUAACAUCAGUGUCAAGGCUCCUAGUGCUGCUGACAUCAAUGUUAAGGCUCUUGGUGCUGCUGGCAUCGAUGUCAAGGCUCCUGGUGCUGCUGAUACCAAUGUCAAGGCUCCUGGUGCUGACAUCAAUAUCGAGGUUUCUCCCAUCAGUGUUAAGACUGAGGAAGCGUUCGGGUUGGGUGUGGAAUCACAGGAAGGAGCUCCUUCAUUCCCGGUCGUGGAGGCACAGCAGGGUGUCAAUGUGGGAGUCAAGGAGAGCAGCGGCUGCUGCAAUCUGACUCGCAGUGAGGGCAAUUGCAGCAGCCAUAGUGCGCGCCUUAUUGUCCUCUCCCGGGAUACCGACACCACCUCCUCCACUUCCUCCUCGCUUCUUAGUGACUUUUCCUCCUCUGCAGUCAGCAGUGUCACAAACUUCAUGGGUGUCGAGAUGGGGAUUGGCCGGGGCUUUUGCAGCAAUGGGAGGGGAUGGACAGUGGAGGCGAAGGGUGUUGGGGAGCUGGUGGAAAAAGAUGUGCUUUCAAACCAGCUGUUCGGGGAUGGCAUGGAGGGGGAUAAGAGUUACAAUGACUUCAUAUCUUCUGGGAAGGGGAGCGCACAGGGAUCAAGGAGGCUUGUGCAGCCGUGGGAAGUGGUGAUGAAGCGGGCGUCAGAGCGUGUGUUUGUGCCGCUCACAGUGGGGGGCGGCAUCAGAGACAUCACCUCCUCCCCAUCCUUAAUCUCCCAAUCCUUCAUCUCCCCCACAUCCCCCUGCAACCGUCCACAAGUAUUGAAGCGCGCAUCGGAGAGGGUGUUUGUGCCGCUCACAGUGGGAGGCGGCAUUCGAGACUUCACGGACGCCAAUGGCAGGUGGGCCGUGGGACAGGUGGGUUGUGGGACAGGUGGGCCGUGGGACAGGUGGGCCGUGGGACAGGCUGGGCACUCAUGCUCGUGGUGUCGUCGCUGA